AUGCAAACUCGCUCUUUUUUUCUCUUGCUGCCUUCUAAAGUAUUCGGCUACAGCAUGCAAACAAAGAAAUGGGUCCCUCUGAAGGUAGCAUGUAUCUCUCCCGUAGUUUGGAACAUGGAAGCAUUCGACAGCUUGGUUGUAGAUGAUGACACCAAAGAGUUGGUGAAGGCUUUGGUGACGAACCAAUUAGCCAAAGAAAAAGGAACAGAUGUGUUAGAUGGGAAAGGAAACGGUCUAGUAAUCCUGUUGCAUGGUGGGCCUGGAACUGGAAAGACGCUCACUGCAGAAAGCGUCGCUGAGCUAGCACAAAAGCCGUUGUAUCGUGUCACAUGUGGCGACAUUGGAACGAAUGCAACUGCGGUUGAUAAGAAGCACUUGCAGAGCGUCUUGCACCUGGGCAGGAUAUGGGGCUGCGUCGUUCUGCUUGACGAAGCGGAUGUAUUUCUUGAAGAAAGAAGUCUAGCAGAUAUGGCAAGGAAUGCUCUUGUCUCGGUCUUUCUUCGAGUUCUCGAGUACUACGAUGGAAUCCUGAUCCUAACAUCCAACCGCGUGGGUACCUUCGACGAAGCCUUCAAAUCUCGAAUCCAACUGGCUCUCCACUACGACAACUUGUCCCGCACCCAACGACGCGCCAUCUGGGCAAACUUCAUCAAGCGGCUCGCAUCCAUCGAGAAAGACAGCGUGAACACAGACAGUCUGACAGAGCAUCUUGACGAGCUAGCAACGCACGAUAUGAACGGUAGGCAGAUCAGGAACUCAUUGACAACGGCAAGACAGUUGGCCUUAUACAAGGGAAAGAAGAUGGAUUACGGGCUGUUGAAACAUGCGAUAGGUGUUGCAAGCAAAUUUGAUCACUAUUUGAAAGGCGUGAAGGGGAAUUUCUCCGAUGAUGAGUUGGCAAGGGAAGGAGGUGUGAGGUAA